UUUACUCUUUAAUAAUCUGCGGUGUGGGUGUGAACUAUGCAGCGUUGGCUGAUCUCAGGUGUGUCCUUGGCGGUGGGUGCUGCUGUCGGUGCCGCACUGACCGCUUCUUCUAAUCGGCAUAAUUUUCAGGACGAUCUACUGUACCGGUUACCCAUCAUCCCUAUCGCCACUGUGGACGCUGCAUCUGAGAUUAUCCCGUAUCAAUCCGGUCAGUUAAUCCCGAGUAAAUCCACUGCUGCGGUCAAAUACGGAUUCCCAUCUCUGUCCCACAUCAAGUCGCGGGAAUCUUACGUCACCUGCUACGACCCACGGACUCGAACCCCGGCCUGGGUGAUCGAGCAUCUGAGUGCGGCCACACUAAACGGAACAUCAGAUCGAAAACUGUGCGAGUUUAAAGAAGAUGAUUCAGUGCAUGUGUAUCACAGAGCUACUAAUAUGGACUAUAAGGGCAGUGGAUUUGAUAGAGGACACCUGGCUGCUGCUGCCAAUCACAAGUGGAGCCAGAAAGCCAUGGAUGAUACAUUUUACCUCAGCAAUGUGGCACCACAGAAUCCUCACAUGAACCAGAAUGCGUGGAACAAUUUGGAGAAGUACUGUCGCUCUCUCAAUAAACACUAUGAGAAUGUGUAUGUGUGCUCAGGACCACUCUAUCUGCCCAAGCAGGAACUUGAUGGAAAGCUGUACGUGAAGUACCAGGUCAUCGGGAAAAACCAUGUUGCUGUGCCCACUCACCUCUUUAAAGUUGUUAUCCUGGAGAAGAAGCGUGGUGAGGUGGAGCUGCGGCCCUACGUGAUGCCCAACACACCAGUGGAUGAGAAGAUCCCACUUGAACGCUUCCUGGUGCCCAUUGAAAGCAUAGAGAGGGCAUCGGGUCUUCUGUUUGUGCCCAACAUCCUAAAGAGAACCAACAGUCUUCAGGCUAUCACUGCCAGGGCAUGA